UGAUGGCGCCACUGGUAAAAAAGCCACUCACCAAACUAACACCACUGAAUCGUCAUCCCUUUUGACGUGUUCCUUCGUGCAAAAUGACAAAGGGUACAUCAAGUUUUGGUAAGCGGCGGAACAAGACGCACACAUUGUGCAGACGAUGUGGUCGUAGCUCGUACCAUAUUCAGAAAUCACAAUGCGCGCAAUGUGGAUAUCCACAGAAAAAGAUGCGAUCGUAUAACUGGUCGGUGAAAGCCAAAAGGAGGAAGACUACUGGUACUGGCCGUAUGCGCUACUUGAAGAUAGUUCGUCGCAAAUUCAAGAAUGGAUUCAGGGAAGGUCUGCCAAAACCAAAAGCUGUAGCAACUAAAUAAUCAUCACUUUUGUCAUUGUGUUGUAUAUCUAUAAGAUUUUGACUACUAAUAAACAAUAAAAAACAC